AUGAUUGUUGCCUCUUCAGGAAUCGCUGCAACACUACUGCCUAAUGCAUCAACAGCACAUUCAAGGUUUAAGAUUCCCUUGGAGAUAGAUCAGACUUCAACAUGCAGCAUUAGAAAGGGUACACGUCUUGCUACUUCACUAGCUGAAGCAGAUCUUAUUAUAUGGGAUGAGGCACCGAUGAUCCAUCGAUUAUCUUUUGAAGCUGUUGAUAGAACUCUAUGUGAUAUCAUGAAUGUUCCUUUAACGGGCGAAGGAUACAAACCAUUUGGAGGAAAGACUGUUCUGCUUGGAGGAGAUUUUAGACAAACGCUGCCAGUGGUCCCAAAUGCAGGGAGGGAAGAGAGUGUUGACUCCUCACUAACACGAUCAUACCUAUGGAACUUUUGUACUGUGCUGCAUCUAUCCAGGAAUAUGCGUGUGAAUUCGGCAGCAAUUAACCAGCAGACAAUAUUUGAUGGCAUGACCUUUGCUGAUUGGACAUUGGCCAUUGGAAAUGGCCAGAUUCAUGGCAGCAGCUUCAAAAAGGACCAACCUCCUGAUUGGAUCCCCAUACCACCAGUUUGUUUGCUCCCUCCCAGUUCUGAACCAACAUCAACAAUAUGUGAUCACAUAUAUACAGACUUCUCAAGAAGCUAUCACCAAGCGUCCUACCUCACAGCCAGGGCAAUUGUGACUCCAACUAACAAGAAUGUCACUGAAAUAAAUGACCAUAUGUUGGAACGAGUGCGCGGCAGAACACACAGCUAUUUCAGUGCAGACGCAAUACAUUCUGACUCCAAAGAUUGCCAAAGACUGGAAGCUGAGUAUCCUCCUGAAUUCCUGAACACACUGUCUUUCAGUGGCUUUCCUGAUCAUGAGAUUGGCCUCAAAAUUUUUGCACCAGUUAUGUUACUCAGAAACCUAAACCCUGAAAUAGGUUUGUGCAAUGGAACGCGGAUAAUGGUCACAUACCUGACUACCUACGUCAUAAAAGGACUGAUAAUGGGUGGUGCAUAUGCUGGUUCUGUUGUCGCAAUACCUAGGAUUGUUGUCAACAUCGACAACCGCAACUGGCCUUUCAUACUUAAGCGGAGGCAGUUCCCAGUUAGACUCUGCUAUGCAAUGACCAUCAACAAAAGUCAGGGGCAAACUCUUGAUCGUGUUGGUGUUUUCCUCCCAAAACCAGUUUUCAGCCACGGUCAAUUAUAUGUUGCUGUUUCCAGAGUAAGGUCUGCAGAAGGGCUGAAGUUUCUUAUUGAAAACGAAGAUCACAUUCCAGCAGGAUACACAAGGAACAUAGUCUAUAACGAAACAUUUGACUCACUUGGCGGUUCAUCUUGCUCCAUACCUCCACAUGCCACCAGGUUUGUUCAAUGCCUUCCUUUAGUCAACAGUUCUCUGCUUCCCAUGCUUUACACUGAUUUAUUGCAUUUUCUUGCGUCCGAUUUACCAGCCAAUGAAUCAAGCAGCCACCACACAAAUCCACACACAAGCUGUUGGUUCCUCUUCGUAAUGCUCCAAUACACAAUCUCUUGCAACCACAAACCUCUGAUUACAGUUCCGCUUUUGAUGACAGCCCUGCAAACCACAUGA